GGACGGCAGCCCUCAUCCGUUUCCGUCUCUUAAAUUCUCUGCCUCCUUGGCACAAUGUCUGGGGUCCACCAGCAGCGGUCUCAAUCCCCCCGCCCUGAGAACGGGAGGCUUGAACGAAAACCCUCGACACAUGCCCACCACCGCCAAACCUCUAUUGUGAAUGGGGUGCAACAUCGCUCUGGUCUUCACUCACGGUCAGGAUCGUGGGUAAAUUCGCCGGCAACUUCGCCUCUUUCGCCUCCGACGGUAAUGCACACAAUUAUCGCGGCUAGAGACAUGGUACACAUCCCACAAAUCCCACCAUCACCUAUGGCACCGAUGAUGUCUACCGGCAUGGCGAGCUCGGUGAGGGAACAGAUUCAGAUGCCCCAAUUUUCUUCAGCAACAUCGGCAUCCUCAAACAUGAACGGUGGAAACGCGAUUGGGGUAGGCUCCGGAGGAGGACUUUCCGGACCUGUACCGAACCAACAAGUUAUGGUCGAGAGACCCCCGAUGAUGGCCCACCAAUCUUCUCCAGGCGUUAUGCAGAUUCAGAAACCUCCAAGGACGAGAGCACAUCACCAUUCGCAUUCCCACCACCAUUCUUCACAUCACAGAUCACGUGACGAGGAGACGAAGACUCCGGCUGAAUAUGCUCUUCAUAUAUUGUUCACCCAGGUUGGGAACAAUCCGUUUUUCAUUACUGAAGGAAUGACCUGUGCUGAUGUUAGGGCAGUUUGUCCGUGUUGCUGAGCGAAAAAUUAAUAGUUGCUUGCCCCCAAACCAUGUUUUGGACACGGAACCCCAGAUCGAAACCAUAUGUGGUGCAGGGGUGGAUCCAGCAUUUGACAAGUUGAUAGGUUCAUUAGGUGUGUGGAUUCAAUGGCUGUUGUGCGCUGGUAAGCUAAUAUGUUACAGGGUAUAUCGCUCGACAUAAGCCCAAGCCGGUCAUCGAUAGUGUCAUGUUUUGGAGGAAGAGCAAGAGUGAGGCCGCCGCGAUAUCAAGGCAGGAAAUGUCUCAGGUAAUUGGGUUAGAAUUGAUUUGUGGAAUGCGAGAGGCUAACUCAACUUGUGCCAGCAAACUCGUGGUCUCCCUAAUCAGAUUGUGCCCCGACGAAACACCGAACCGCUUAACGGCGUAGAUGGCGUUAGCCAGGGAAUGCGUGAAAGUUCCUUGGUAGCUGACCGCCGUUCCACAAUAUCGAUAUAUAUUCUGUGUCGGGUUUUGAUAGAAGUAAUAGGCCAGACAACGUUGGAUUGUGUUACUGAAGAUAUGGCGGAUAAGUUGGAGGAUAUAAUAUUUAACCAAUUGCGCUCAGCGGACCCGGAUACUUUAACUUCAUCGCCGCUAAGGAUGGCAAACUGGACGUUGUUUGGACAAUUGUUGGGUGUUAUGAGCAGUAUUGACUUUGAGAGGGUCACCGACCGGUUCUUUGCCGACCUUGAGAAGAUGGGAACUAUUGCGUCAAAAGACACUGAAGCUAAGGUGGAGCUUGUGGUUAGAGGGAUGAGUUAUAUAAAGCUGAGGGUUAGCGACCAUGAUCUUUUCCAUGUCCUACCAGAUGGCUACUUUGUUGGCCGACACUGACGCCAAUUCCUUUUGUAGUUCUUCCCGGAGAACGCGCUUCAGGAAUCCGCAGAUUUCAUGCUAUCGUUGGCCAAUUUCUUCAAUAAAUCCCAUGGCUUUCGAGUGAAGCGUUCCUACUGCGAAAUAUUUUCGAAAUUACUCCUCCCAGUUGCCUCUACUGCGAAAACCGAACUUAAUUAUCCUACGUGGCAGGAGUUUGUUAAUCUUUUACAUCCAAAAUUGAAUGAUAUGAUGACCAAGCCACGCCACUGGCACACCGCGUUUCCACUCAUGGGCACUCUUUUAUGCGUUAGUCCACAUGAAUUCUUUGCUCAGUGCUGGUUGCCGCUUAUUGAAAGCAACCUGCCCAAGCUUAGGGAUAAGGAUAGGUCUAUGCGCGUCCCUAUUGUGCAAACGCUGGCGAGGUUAACAUGGACGUACCUCUUCCGGUGUUCGGAAAGUAUGAAUAAUACAACCAAGAAACUGGAGAGAAUAAUUCAAAUAUUACUGACGAAGGAGAAGAAAGAGAAAUCACUGGUAACGGCAGAACAACAGGUCGUGGAGCCUUGUAUUCAAUUGAUCCGCUUCAUUGGUUUCAAGUACCAAGAUCUCUGUUUCAGAUCUGUGGUUUUCCCUUUGCUCAAUGUCGAUCUAUUGUCCGGGGCCAAUACUCUGAGGCUGGAGCAGUUAUCACCUGAAGGGAUGGUGGUUGGAAUUCGGGCUUUCCUAGCAAUUAUGGCCGAUCUGGAGAAGGGAGAGCCAGGGCUUCCACCGUUUCCCGAGACAUUUGCCUCCAGCCCCCCCGAGAAGAUACCGCCGACCUCGACGUGGCUGGCUAAGAUUGAGGCUGAAAAGAAAGACGGUGUCAAGGUGAAGGUGGAUCGAAGGUCUCAGGCGGUGGCAGUUGAAAAAUUGGGGAGCACAGCGAAAGAGUAUUAUGACAGGUUCUGUGAAGUUCUUGGGCGAAUCAUUGUGCUCUGUGAUACCAAUUUUGGCGGUCAGGCUGUUCUGGAUGAAAGAUUUGCUGGGCCACCAAAGACGCCCCAAGAGAAUAAAUUUUCUUUUGGAACCAAGGACGAGCCGCCGGCAAUUUCCGAGCAGAAGCAGAGCUUUUACGAACUAUUGCAUGUCGCCAUUCAGGCAUUGCCUCGGUGCCUUCCGCCAAAUAUUCCCUUUUAUAAGGUUGUCAAUCUCUUGUGUAGUGGUACGGCACACAUUGACCAAAAUGUCGCGACAGCGUCUGCGAACGCCUUGAAGAGUAUUGCGAGGCAAUACAAUUCCCAACAAGUUAUUAUUGGUUUUGCGAGAUUCAUCUUUGCCUUUGAUGAAAGGUACUCGACGACUUCGGAUGGUGGUAUGUUAGGUAGUGGGCAUAUCGAGAGUACGCUAAAACUCUACAUCGAAUUACUUCGGAUAUGGUUGGAAACCAUCAAACAGAAGGUCAAGGGUAGCCGAGACGCAGCUUCUGAUUCGCCUGCAUUGGAUGAUCGGGGGUUGGGGAAUAGGUGUGAUGAUUUAGAGUACUCCAAUGUGCAGGCUCAUGUGGAUGAGAUCGAGUCAAACGGUCUUUUCUUCAUAUGCUCGCAGUCUCGAGUUGUAAGGCGUUUUGCAAUUAUGGUCUUAAGAAUCAUUACAGAGUUUGAUGUGGUUUUGAGCGAACCAGCAGAUAUCGGAGGAAAUAUUUUGGGUCACUCAAGGAAACCAAGCCACUUGAGUAACUCGCCAGCCUAUCCACGAGUCAUUCAUAUUCUGGAGAGCGAUUCCUUAAAUGUUAUGAACUUGAACGACGAGAACCUACCUGUGGCCGAGCGCAGCAGGCUACAACGGGAACUUAAGGAUUCUAAGUCGAAGGAUGCCCUGGUUCAAAUGGCCAUUAGCGAUAACCAGUAUGACGCAUCUCUCUGGUUUAGGGUCUUCCCGAGCCUGAUUAGGGUGUGUGUGGAGAGAUGUCCGACCACUGUGGCAUUGUGUAGGGAUUUGGUGUGCGGAAGGUUAGCUCAGAUGCAUCAGUCGAUUUGCGCCAUCGCCCAGACUUCCACGGCGCCUAGCCUUGGUACUUUUGAGAUAGUGCCAAAACCAAUUGUCAGGGCGUUUCCUCCGACAAGCCCCGAGAGCAUGAUUGAGCAAUGGAAACUCUAUCUGACAGUGGCCUGCUCAACUCUAACGUCAACGGAUGGAGAAAAGACGACGCCGCGGCCCCGAACCCCUCAGCAUGCCAGAAAACCAUCAAAAAACCAGACACCGUUGGCUCCCUAUCACCUUGACCGAAUAACUUCGGCGAGGUCAGUUUUCGGGAUGGUGAUUCCUCUUUUGAUUAUGGAUAGUAAGACUAUCCGGGAAGCGGUAGUGGCUGGGCUGGGUAGCAUUAACAUCAAUCUUUACAAGACGUUGAUUGAGAGUCUUCAACCCACAGUUUUGAAGUGGAACUCCGAAGUGACAAUUAGAGGAGGGAAACAACUCAAUGCACCAAGACGGAAUCGCCGUCAGGACAGGCUGAGGGCUGAAGUCACCCACGUAUUCCAGCUUACAUCACACUUCCUCCAAAAAGAGGAGGUCUACCGAGAUGAUUGGAUAUUACGGCAUAUGGUAGCGUUCAUAAAGGACAUGAAGACUUUCCUUAGCGAUCCCGAGGUGCAAAACGAUUGGGAGCACCAAAAACUUCGUCGUUAUUUUUGUGGGCUUACUGAGGAACUUUUCGAAGGAAUCAAGAAAACAGAUAAUCCGAUUCGAUGGCUACCGUUUGAAGGAAGGUUGUCUAUUUUUAUACUGAUGCAAGAUUGGUGCGGGCACGGCCCGAAUUGGCAAGCUGUGAAGGACAGGGAAGAUAAGAUGAGGCGCUCGGUGUUGGAGUUCCAAAGAGACCCAACCGAUCAGGGGACGCUUACGGCGGCAAUGGAGAUUGAGAAACGGAAUCUUAAGAUUGCAGCCUUAAGUGCGAUGGCUUCACUUUGUGUAGGUUAUUUUUUUGAGAAGAUUUUUUGGGAUUUGGUACAAAAUCCCGCUAACCAAUCCAUUUCGCAGGCUGGGCCCGUGGUGGAGGACAUUGAGAGCAAUGCACCCCUUCAAUUCAAUGUGGAUGGGCUUUUCCGGUGGAUCGAGUCGAUAUUUGCUACUCCCAGCGACAGGACCCACCGGAUUGGGAGGCGAGCACUCAAAAACAUACUGUUGCACAACCAGAAGACGAAUCUCUUGAACAAUGCCAUCAGGCUGUGUUAUGUUUACGACUCCUCGGCCAAAGCGACACAGAGCUAUUUCGCAGUGAUCUCGGAGGUUUUGAGGGAAAUGCCCAAUUAUCUGGAGGGGGUCUGGAAAAUAAUGGCUGUCUGCUUAUUCAAACUUGGAGAUGAAAACGCCGAAGUCAGGCUGCAAGCAGCUAAGCUAUUGAGGGUAACCGAGGAACGUGAGUAUGGAAUGUCCAGAGUUCAGGAUUUUGAAGUCAGUAUUUCGGACAAAACAGUUGCCGUUUACAAGCGUGCGCAGUUUCAACUCUCCAAGGGCCUCUCGAUGGCAUACCCUGAUCAGGCGAUGCUUAUAUUUUCGGAGCUCACAAUGUUCUUCAAUCAUACUGAAGGAAAAGCUCAGAGGGACAUACUUCAUGCGCUUUUGCCAUGGAUUCAGACCAUCGACCUAGCGCUCGAGCCAAACGGUGAUCUGCUUCCGUCUUCGUAUAUGGUCCUGGCAAACCUUUACGAGAUUACGGUCAAGUUUAGCAGCAAAAUUCAUAGCGAAAUACAGGCGGUAUGGCAAUCGCUGGCAACUGCGCCGUUUCUGGGGAAUGUACAAGUCAUCUUGGACUUUAUAUUUAAUCAAAGCCUAGAACGCCGGGAACAAAAUUUUGUCGAAUUUGGCAAACAGAUUGUGGUUUUCCUGUCCGAAACAAUGGCGGGUGCGAAACUUGUGGAGGCCUUAACAGCGUAUUUGCAGCCAAGGUUGAUGAUAAUAACUGUGAAGGAGCCUUCGCCAAUCCCGGAUGCUUCACAGUUCCCUUACGUCGCCGAUUUGUCCAAGUGUGUGUCGAAUGGUGGGAAGCCGGUAAGUGAUUCUUAGAUGUUCGAUUCCAUUUUACGUCUUGUUAAAACUAAACGUUUCAAUAGACUGGCUUCUCAUACGGGCAUCUGGCGAUGAUUCUGAUGGUGGAUCUUUUGGUUGGCCCUGUCCCAGAAAUGUUGGACAAGUUGACACUCCUCCUCCAAGUUGUCUUUGUGCUCUGGGAUCACUACGUCCCGCUGGUGCAAGAGCAGGCAAAGGAAAUGUUAAUACAUCUCAUCCAUGAGCUCGUGAUCCCAUAUCUUGGCCAGGAGGAGAGCACAUCGGCUAGACUUACGACAUUGGAAUUUAUCGAGACCGUUCGCCAGAGGGAUUCGAAAACCUUCUGGUCCUACGAUGAAAUCAGCUCUGACGAAGAGAAUGGCUUGAGGGUUCCGAAAUCGAUGGGACAUAUGGUACCUAGUGUGCUCGAGAUGUUUUCUGCUGUGGCUCCGGGUCUAAAGGCCUCCUGGGGAAGGGUUGCACUUUCGUGGGCUACUUCGUGCCCCGUUCGACACCUGGCUUGUAGGUCAUUCCAGGUUUUCCGCUGCUUGUUGACAUCCCUGGAUCAUAGCAUGCUUGCGGAUAUGUUGGCUAGAUUAUCGAACACGAUUGCUGACGAUGUUACGGACAUCCGGCUCUUCGCGAUGGAGAUUCUGAUCACACUAAAUGCCAUUAUCAUGGAAAUGGAUGAAGAAUCUUUGCUACAAUACCCACAACUGUUCUGGGUCACGGUUGCCUGUCUCAACACCGUCCAUGAGGGAGAGUUCAUGGAAGUUUUGUCGAUACUUGAGAUGCUUUUGGUCAAGAUUGACUUGUCCGACCCGGCUAAGGUGGCUUACCUAAUGAACGCAUUUCCUCCGAAGUGGGUUGGUAAAUUUGAAGGGUUGCAAAGCCUUAUCGACAAGGGUCUCCGAUCGUCGAUUUCGUAUGGAAGAACGCUAGCGGUGUUUGACAGACUGAACAUCAUUCCCACCAAUGAGCUUGUCGGGGGGGAUAGUAGGUUGCUUUUCGCUGUUCUGGCAAAUCUGCCUAGACUUUCGCAAGCUCAAGACGACGGCACUCCCAACGGUGAGGACAUGGCUUGCGCGGAGAGACUCCGGGCGCUAGCGGAAGUCCGGGAGUGCAAGUCCUUGAUUCGCGUGAUGAUGCUUUAUGUUGGGCAGAGGUUUAGGAACAAGAGGGACUUCAUGACACAGACUGUAACUGCUCUGAAGGAAACGUUUUUUCCCACAUAUGAAGCACAAGCUCUAGUUUUCUUGGUUGGAUUAUUGUCGAAUAAGCUGAAAUGGGUUAAGCUGAAGACAAUGCAGCUCCUUACGAUAAUGCUUCCAUUAAUCGACAUGCGAAAACCGGCUUUUGCGGGCGUGGGUGCCGAUCUCAUAUCUCCGCUUUUGAGACUACUACAGACGGAUUAUGUCGAACAGGCCCUUGAAGUUCUGGACAAGAUGAUCACGAUUUCCGGCGGCCCAAUGGACCGGCAUGUUAUGCGUAUGAGCAUGGGGAACAGGACCAUCCGAAAAGAGUACGAGAAGACGCAGACUCUAUUUGGUAUUCCCGAUGAGAGCGGCUGGGCGAUCCCUAUGCCAGCGAUCAAUGCUGCCAUGACAAGGGAUAACGUUCAUGCUGUCUUCUACACUUGCACACAAGCAGCCGUUGCCGAAGAGGAAGAAGCGCCACCCACACCGGACGUCCAAUUCCAUAUGGAAGAUUAUUCAUACACUAGUAUACAGGAUAGGACGGGUACAAUGCUUAGCGAAGAUGGAAGAGGUGAGGGUGGUUUUAGCGAUACAGUCCUGAGGUUGGGAGAUUUGGAUGCUUUCUUUGGUGGGGACGAAGGUCUCUCGAGUCACAAUCAUACACCUUCACAGGCAGAUGCAGAAUUUAUCGAGGGCGGUGAGACUGCUCCUCAGGUUUAUGACAGUCGUGUUUAUGCAAUCUUGAAUAGAUCGCUAGCUCGCACUCCCAGCGUGACAUCUUUUCAGACGUCAUUUGCCGACUCCCUCAGCACUCCAAUGCCCCGAGAUCAGCAGCCAGGUGUCAUGACACCAACAGCUUUUACAGCCCCUCCAAUCCUACCGGGAAGGGGGUAUACACCAAGGUCGGUCUCAUCUCCACAGUUGCGUAACAUGGGUCGCACUGGGGAAGAAUCUCUCUCCGAAGCAGAGGAAGAGUAUGAUCAUUUGAACAAUUCAGAUGUUGAUCCUGGUGAUACAGGGGGACUGCUCUCUCGUGAGGGCGCUCAGGACAGCGCAUUCCUACUCGACAAUCUGCUCGACAGGCUUGGUGAGGGGGGAAGGGCCGGCAUGAGAAGGGUUUUCAAAGGCGGGAAUAAGGAGAAGUCUGAUACGCCGCCGUCGUCUGCUAGGGCCCCCUCUAGAGCACCCGCCAAUAGAGCACCGAAGAGCCCGAAAAAGCGUGGAGAUUAUCAGCUGAGGAUGGCACACGGCUUCUGAGCGAGGUUCUCUUUUUCAAUUUCUCUGCUUUUAUAUUUCCCCCUUCUUCCUUACGUUUGAUGAUCAACGCCGCCUUAUUUUUCUUCUCUUUUCUGCCUUUUCCUGUUUUCAGUUUCCCAUGUCACAUCCCUCCUUUCCUUUCUUUUUGACGCUCAAUUCCACAGAUACUUGAUUUUAAAUUCUAGGGGGUUCGUUCUGCUUUUUAUAUAUAUCUAUUAUCUACACUGUUCGCUAUGUUUUUCAUCUGGGUCGGGAAUUGCAUAUGCAUGCGUUUGGUUGGUUUCUCCUUAAAACAUAGGUUGCGAGCGGGAUGGAAGGUGCAUAAUCUUGUUUUCUUAAUUUCUUUCUUUCUCUUUAAUUUCUUUUACAACUUGCUGUAAUUCUCCCUAAAGUUUCAAAGUAUCUUUGUGUAGUUUGUGGGGAAAUUGAGCUUUGGCCCAUAGACGAAAUUGUGUGUACUGCUUGGUUGCUUGAAAGGUGUGUUCGUGAUAUCCGGAUGGGGUUCAGAUCUAGAUAGUUUGUUGUGGGGAGGGUGAGACAUACGGGGAUUAUGCAGCAGGAUAGGGAAUGAUAGAAUUGAAUGAACCCCGCUUCAAUCGUUUACUU